GGUCAAAUAAUUACGACUAGACCUGCCGCCAUGUCAUAUCCAUACCGCUCACAGUUUGGGCCAAGAUCUCCAACGAGCCCCGAAACCGCCGAGAUUGACGAGAGCGCGCCGCCUCUUCCUCCACGUCCGAACACGUUCACGCCACAAUUCUCGCAGCCUCAGUUCUCACAGCCUCAGUUCUCACAACCCCAAGCCUCGCAACCGCCUCAAUUCCUGCAGCCUCCGGUUCCUCCAACAGCGAGCUCAUAUGCUCCCCAUCAACGGGGGAACCCCUACCAAGAACCUACAGCCACGCCUCCCCGGCAUUUCUCGUGGCGUUCUGCGCUUGGACAGGUUGCGCAGAGCUUCACCAACGCCGCGCCCAUGGCCUCUCCACCGGCACCCUCGUUCCCUAGCAGUGUCAUAGUCAAUGGCGUGGAGCUCGGGCAAGCAGAUCUGCUCACGCUCCGGGGAGUUUUAGGAACUGUGAUUCCCGGGAACUACUGGUAUGACCGUCGCAGUGGAGGUUACGGCUCAGCUGGCGGUCCAUGUACCGGUGUUAUGGUCGCCGGGCUGGCUCUCGGUAAUGGGGAGCUUCACCCGCAUGCCUCUGGAAACACGGGCACAGGAGUCUUCAUCAAUGGACGUGAGAUACACGCCAUAGACGUUGCGGGUUUACAGGCUAUGGGAGUAUGGGUGAGACAGGGGAGGUGGUGGCUUAAUGCCGAUGGCAGUUAUGGAAUGGAGGGGAGCCCAAUUACGCUAGGGAACUUGAGAAUACAAGCAAUGGCUCGCCCAGGUGCUGGAGGAGGUUGGGGAGGCGGCGGUUCCAACGGUGGUUCUCACACUUGGAGUACAAGGCAGGGACACUAUGGCGGAAGCGACGGUCAAGGAUUCAGUUACAUCGGAGGGCCUGGUUGGACUUACUAUAGUAGCUGA